CUGCUCUCUGCUGAGAUCCUGCACCACCGGGGACUGGUGGAGCGUCUGCUGGGGAUCUCGGACCCACUGCUCCACUCCUGCCGGCAGCCCCUCCAGCCCUCGGUGCAGGCACUGCGGGAGCACACGGAGCAGCUCUUCCUGCGCAGCGGAGCCUGCGCCGUACAGCUGGAGCACGCCCAGUCCCUGCUCGCCCAGUUCUCCGAGGCCCACGAGGAGCUGUCGCCCUGGCUGGAGGAGACACAGGUUGUCGGGGUGCAGCUUUCCCCCAAUGCCAUAAGCUAUGAGGCUUUCAAGGAACAGCAGGCGCUGCUGCAGCACAAGCUUGAGGAGAACCUGCUCUUCUCGGGCAAGUUCACAGACGCGCUGCAGGCCCUCAUGGACUGGCUGUACCGGGCUGAGCCACAACUCAGCGAGGAUGUGCCCGUUGGAGGAGACCGGGACCUGGUCAGUGACCUCAUGGACAAGCACAAGGCGGAGGAGUUUCACACCCUGGUGCACUCCUUCCUGGGUCGCCUCUCAGAGUCAGAGAAAACCCUCAAGUACGGUGUCUUCCCCGAGGAGGAGCUGGCUGUGCAGGAGUGCCAGAACCAGCUGCAGGAGCUGAUGAAGUCCCUGCAGUGCCAGCAGCUGGAGCUGGAGUGCAUCACCUCGCUGGGAGAGGAGAUCCUCUCCACCUGCCACCCGGACUCCGUCAUCACCAUCAAGUCCUGGGUCACAGUCGUCAAGAGCCGCUUCCAGGAGGUGAAUAGGCAAGUAGCCCAGUGCAACUGUGCCAAGCGCUUCCAGGUGGAGCAGAUCAGCGCCAACAGGUACCGGUUCGGGGAGUCCCAGCAGCUGCGGAUGGUGCGGAUCCUGCGCAGCACCCUGAUGGUGCGGGUCGGCGGGGGCUGGAUCGCGCUGGAUGAGUUCCUGGUGAAGAACGACCCCUGCAGAGUGAAGGGAAGGACAAACCUGAAGAUCAAUGAGAAGUACCUGUCCCCAGACGCCUUCGGGGCUGCCACGGCCAAGUGUGCAGGGAACCAGUCGGCCCCCUCCUCCAAAGUGCUGUCCCCGCCCCCCCCACCCCCAGCCCCAGCCUCUACAGCAGCGCCUCAGCCCCCAGCAGCCCCCUGGCCAGGAAGAGAGUCCUGA